UUCACUGGAAGCCCGCUCUGCGCUGCUUCUUCCAAGUGGCUCAACACUGUGAGCGGGAUCUUUUCCACAGGCUAUCCGCUGAAACUUGCCCAGUCCCCACAAUAUCAUUCAGGGGAGCCAGGAGAGCAGCACCGGCGGCGGCUACAGUAGCGGAGAGCGGUCUUCGUCUUCUCCCCUCCAUCAGACACUGAAAAGCCCCCACUCUUGUCUGUCCCUCUCAGUCACUCAGUCCUUUUGGUCCCCGAGCUUCGCUUCUUUUCUUGACUCUUGUUGUUGCCGCUGCGUCGGAGAGUGAAGGCGCACAGGAGCGCCGAGAAUAUAUGAGCCGCUCAGAGGUGUGCAUGAGGUGUUGAUGAGUUAGGACUGAGCGCAGAGCAACACCUUGUGUGCCAUGGAAGUGUGCGCCCGGUGCAGGGGAAUGUACGGGCUGAAAGGGAGACCCGCCGCUUGAUAGCCAGCCUCUGUCCCAGAUAAGGCGAGCAUGCCUCAGACCUGCAGACUCACUCUCUUCGCUGCAGAGGAGAUCCCAUCAGACUGCACUUCCACAAUCUGACAUUUUUUUUUUCCAAUUCUCAAUUUCCUACCCACUGUCUUCAAUUCAGCCCCGUGUGGCUACACUGCUUUUCGAGAAAGGUGAGAGGAUCAAUGAUGAGCAUCUCUGAGACCACUUGGCUUGGACUUUUCUAAUCAGAACCUGUUAGUCACAACACAAAUCUGCCACACAACAUCAACACCUGGCACCAUGUCUUGCUCCCUGUGGAAACUACACACUUUCUGCUGGUUUCUCAUCACUCUAGCCCAAGUACACUCCACAGAGGGGUUUAGUCGAGCUGCCCUGCCAUUUGGCUUAGUGCGGCGAGAGCUGUCUUGUGAGGGUUACCCCAUCGAUUUGCGGUGUCCAGGAAGUGAUGUCAUAAUGAUCGAAAGUGCCAACUAUGGCCGAACAGAUGACAAGAUCUGCGAUGCCGACCCUUUCCAGAUGGAGAAUAUAAACUGCUAUCUUCCAGAUGCCUACAAGAUCAUGUCACAAAGAUGCAACAACCGGACCCAGUGCAUUGUAAUCACGGGUUCAGACGUCUUCCCUGACCCCUGCCCAGGGACCUACAAGUACCUGGAGGUCCAGUAUGAGUGUGUUCCCUACAAAGUGGAGCAAAAAGUUUUUCUUUGUCCCGGGACACUGAAAGCUGUCGGUGAACCUUCCUUUCUAUUUGAAGCGGAGCAGCAAGCUGGCGCCUGGUGCAAAGACCCACUGCAAGCCGGCGACAAAAUUUACUUCAUGCCUUGGACUCCCUAUCGAACAGACACUCUAAUUGAGUAUUCCUCCUUGGAUGACUUUCAAAAUGCCCGUCAAACCAUCACCUACAAGCUGCCUCACCGGGUGGAUGGGACUGGAUUUGUGGUCUAUGAUGGGGCCGUGUUUUUCAACAAGGAGCGUACCCGCAACAUUGUGAAGUUUGACCUGCGGACUCGAAUCAAAAGUGGUGAGGCGAUCAUCAACAAUGCCAACUACCACGACACGUCACCCUACAAGUGGGGAGGAAAAACAGACAUUGACCUGGCAGUGGAUGAGAACGGGUUGUGGGUGAUUUAUGCCACAGAGCAGAACAAUGGUAUGAUGGUGAUCAGCCAGCUGAACCCCUACACGCUACGAUUUGAAGCUACCUGGGACACAGCCUAUGAUAAGCGCUCAGCCUCCAAUGCCUUCAUGGUUUGUGGAGUACUGUAUGUGGUCCGGUCCACCUAUGAAGACAAUGAAAGUGAGGUCAGCAAGAGCCUGAUUGAUUAUAUUUACAAUACCAAGCAGAACCGUGGGGAAUACGUUGAUAUCCACUUUCCCAACCAGUACCAGUACAUCGCAGCUGUGGAUUAUAACCCGCGAGAUAACCAGCUCUAUGUGUGGAAUAACUUUUACAUCCUGAGAUACAACUUGGAGUUUGGCCCGCCUGAUCCGGCACAUGCACCGCCGCUGUCAGAAGUCACCACGUCUCCGCCUCUGAGAACUACAACCACCACAACAACAACCACAGUGCACUGGGGUGUGGCCAACACUACCACCACAACAGGGCUCAAGGAGGGCAGCAGGGGAGCGCCCAGGCCACGUCCUGUAAUCCCACAGACUACUUCCCCUCCGCCCCUGGAGUCUUUCCCUUUACCUGAACGCUUCUGCAAGGCAAUUGAGAAAAGAGACAUAAUGUGGCCUCAGACCCAGAGGGGCACGCUUGUGGAGCGACCUUGUCCCAAGGGAACACGAGGCACAGCAUCUUAUUUAUGUGUCCUUUCCACUGGGGACUGGCACCCAAAGGGCCCUGAUCUCAGCAACUGCACCUCCCACUGGGUCAACCAAGUAGCCCAGAAGAUCCGCAGCGGUGAAAAUGCGGCUAACUUGGCCAAUGAAUUAGCCAAGCACACCAAAGGCCCCAUCUUUGCUGGGGACAUCAGCUCCUCAGUGCGCCUGAUGGAGCAGCUGGUGGACAUCCUGGAUGCUCAGCUGCAGGAGCUCAGACCCAGCGAGAAGGAUUCCGCAGGACGGAGCUUCAAUAAGCUUCAAAAGCGAGAAAGGACAUGCAGGGCAUACAUGAAGGCCAUUGUGGACACAGUAGAUAACCUUCUCCGACCAGAGGCGCUCAAGUCCUGGCAGGACAUGAACAGCACUGAGCAAACUCACGCCGCCACCAUGUUACUGGAUACUUUGGAGGAAGGGGCCUUUGUUCUUGCUGACAACCUCAUGGAACCGGCUAUUGUCAAAGUUCCUGCAGAUAAUAUAAUCCUGGAUGUGUAUGUUCUCAGCACGGAUGGCCAGGUCCAGGAUUUCAAAUUUCCACAGUCCGGCAAAAGCGGGAUCUCAAUCCAGCUCUCAGCCAAUACCGUUAAGCUCAACAGUCGGAAUGGAGUCGCCAAACUGGUUUUUGUGCUCUACAAAAAUCUCAGCCAGUUCCUCAGCACAGAAAACGCCACCAUCAAGAUGGCCAACGAGGCUUACAGCCGGAACGUCUCGGUGGCCGUCAAUUCGGACAUCAUCGCCGCCUCAAUCAACAAAGAGUCCAGCCGUGUAUUCAUUAAUGACCCAGUGAUUUUUACCCUGGAGCACAUUGAUAUGGAGCACUACUUCAACUCCAAUUGCUCCUUCUGGAAUUACUCUGAGAGGAGCAUGAUGGGCUACUGGUCCACCCAAGGCUGCAAACUCCUGGACUCCAAUAAAACACACACCACCUGCUCGUGCAGCCAUCUCACCAACUUUGCCAUCCUCAUGGCACACCGUGAAAUCUCAAACAACAGCGAAGUGCACGAGCUGCUCCUGACUGUCAUCACUCGCGUCGGCAUUGUGGUGUCCCUCGUCUGCCUCACGAUCAGCAUCUUCACGUUCUGCUUCUUCCGGGGCCUGCAGAGCGAUCGCAAUACCAUCCACAAGAACCUGUGCAUUAAUCUCUUCAUCGCAGAGUUAAUAUUCCUAAUUGGUAUCGAUAUGACGGAACCCACGAUCGGCUGUGCCAUCAUCGCGGGGAUCCUGCACUUUUUCUUCCUGGCUUCCUUCUCCUGGAUGUGUCUUGAGGGAGUCCAGCUGUACCUCAUGCUUGUAGAAGUCUUUGAGAGCGAAUACUCACGGAAAAAGUACUAUUACGUGUCUGGUUACCUCUUCCCCGCCAUUGUUGUCGGUGUCUCGGCAGCCAUUGACUACAAGAGCUACGGGACCAAGAAAGCGUGCUGGCUAAGUGUGGAUAAUCAUUUCAUAUGGAGCUUUAUAGGACCUGUCACCUUUAUCAUCAUGCUCAAUCUCAUCUUCCUGGUGAUCACAAUGUACAAAAUGGUGAAGCACUCCACCACCCUGAAACCAGACUCUAGCCGACUGGAGAAUAUAAAAUCCUGGGUCAUGGGUGCUUUUGCUCUGCUGUGCCUGCUGGGUCUCACCUGGUCCUUUGGGCUCUUCUUCAUCAGCGAGGCCUCAAUCGUUAUGGCGUACCUCUUCACCAUAUUCAACACCUUCCAAGGAAUGUUUAUCUUCAUCUUCCACUGUCUUCUCCAGAAAAAAGUCCGCAAAGAGUACAGCAAGUGCUUCCGCCACACGUACUGCUGCGGAGGGCUGCCAACUGAGAGCUCACAUGGUUCUGCAAAGACUUCCACCACACGGACCAGCGCACGCUACUCUUCUGGCACACAGAGUCGUAUCAGGAGAAUGUGGAAUGACACCGUAAGAAAGCAAUCUGAGUCCUCCUUUAUCUCAGGUGACAUCAACAGCACCUCCACCCUUAACCAAGGAAUGACCGGGAACUAUCUACUAACAAAUCCUCUUCUGCGACCACAAGGCACUAACAACCCUUAUAACACCUUACUGGCUGAGACAGUCGUAUGUAACACUCCCACAGCUCCAGUGUUUAAUUCGCCAGUGACCUACAGAGAGACAAGGCACUCACUGAACAAUGCGGUGAGGGAUACAAGUGCAAUGGAUACUCUACCGCUAAAUGGUAACUUUAAUAAUAGCUACUCACUCCGUAAUGGGGACUUUGGCGACAGUGUGCAGGUAGUAGACUGCGGCCUGAGUCUGGACGAUGCUGCCUUUGAGAAAAUGAUAAUCUCCGAGCUAGUACACAACAACCUGCGUGCCUGUAAUAAAAGCCACCAACAGCAACAGCAGCAGCACCACAGUUUACAUCAUCCACCCCACCACCAGCAGCCACCGCAGUACCACCAUCACCACCACACGGAGCGGGCUCCGCCCAAGGUGACGGUGGUAGGUGGCAGCAGCAGCGAAGAUGACGCUAUUGUGGCUGAUGCUUCGUCUUUGGUUCACGUAGGUGACACAGUGGGCCUUGAGCUGCACCAUCAGCAGGAGCUGGAGGCACCUCUCAUCCCCCAGCGGACUCACUCGCUUCUGUACGCACCCCAGAAGAAGGUGAGGACCGAUGGGGGAGUUGACACGUUUGUCAGCGAGCUGACACCCACCAAUCCUGAUGAUAGUCUGCAGUCCCCAAACAGAGACUCCCUGUACACUAGUAUGCCUAAUCUAAAAGACUCUCCAUACCCUGAGAGCAGCCCUGAUGUUGUGGAGGACCUGUCUCCCUCCAAGGGGAGCGAGAAUGAGGACGUUUACUACAAGAGUAUGCCUAACUUAGGGGAUGGCCAGCAGCUCCAAGCCUAUUACCAGAUAGGCCGAGGGACCAGUGAUGGUUACAUUAUUCCCAUUACUAAAGAGGACUGCAUCCCUGAAGGCGACGUACGAGAAGGACAGAUGCAGUUAGUGACAAGCCUUUAAAUGUAUUUAAAUCAUCCCCAGACCUUUCCCAGCCUUCCUGCAGCCCUGAACUCUUGGAGGACACUAGAAAAGGGAAGGGAAGCAUUUCUUUAUUUUUUUCCCUUUUUUUUUUUUUUUUUUUUUUUUUUGAAGAGAAGCCCCACCAUUUACACUAGCCUUUUUUGCGAAUCAACAUCUCCAUUGCCAUCUUCUUUUCAUGCCACCCUUCCUAUCUUCCCUGCAGACCAACAGACUUGGAGCACAGCUAUGGCAGUGCAAAGUUUUAAUGAGACUGUACAUAAAAUGCAGAGUCAAAUUUCAAUUUUAAGAGACAAGCCAACUAUGUAUUUAAAUGUGCUGCUGCUGUUGAUUAAUUGAAAAAUUUUUAAGGUACGAAAAUUUUAAAAAAGUAAAAAAAAAAAAAAAAAAAAAUUAAAAAAUGAGAGCGCGAAAGAAACAAUACCGGCUACAUCCAAUCAGCAAUCUCCCAGUCAAAAGGCUGUACAUACACUCCCCAACAACCUAGCUGAAGCCUCUUUUUGUUUUUGUGCGUGUUUCAUUUUAAUUGUAUACAAAACGGUACCCCUGGACCAGGACAUGGACAUGUUUGCAAAAUGUUCCUGAUCAAACUGUUAGAAAAGGAAAAUAAGGUCCUGGUCGGUCUCUGUCACCAUCAAGUUUGGAUUGUAUAACCACUAGCAAUCAAGCCCCUGGCCUUAUAUUUUCUCAACUGUAACUUGAACUGUUGUCAAGGAAAAAUGGCUAAAAAUAUAUAUUUUGUUGUAUUGCUAGUGUAAAAUAAAAAUGAAUGGGAAACCAUAAAUAUGAAGAAACCUUUUAACUGCAAAAUUUUACGUUUGAGAGACUAUUGUGUAGAAGUUGCACAUAUGUUAUACAGUGUGUUUAUGGUUCCAACACUUCAUUCAUGGUAGUGCGUUUGAACGUUAAGGCUUAUAAAAAGAAAGAACGAGUCAACUUAAUUACAAAGAUGCAUUAUCACCUUUUCCACUUGUGAGCAGUGUUUUUUUCCUCCAUCGAUAUCGCCCAUAUUAAAAUACGUUUAUUUGACUUUGCCAUUUACGUUAGUAGAAUGGGAAUGCAAAAACCCCAGUUAAGGCGACUUAUGCAUUGCACAGUUUUUUUGUGUAAUUCUGACAGAUAUAGCUCUUUUUAAGUAACGGCAGAGUGAUGGACAAGCGCAAGUGAAACGAAUGACUUUUAACAAUAAGGUUCCUAUCAUAAAUGUAGUUCUUCCGCUUGGGUUUGGAUAUUUUAUUUAUUAAAAUCUUUCCAAAAAAUAAAUAAAUAAAUAAGUGGGAAAUGUGUGAAUAUUUUCCAGCACUGGUAUACAUGCUGUACUGUAGCUCAUGUUUUUUAUGUAAACAUGUUACCAAGGGGCUCUUCACUUAAGACUGAUGUAAAGUUCAACACUUGUUUAACAAAUAAAAUAAAUGUGAGAUUUUUUGUCAAAUGCCAGUUGCUUUUUAAUUGUUUGUGCUUUUGGUACUAUUUCAGAAAACAAGUUUUAUUAUUUUGCUAUGGACAAAAUACACUUUUGACUCAGGUUACAAGUUAAGUCCCAAGCACCUUGAAAGGUAAAUUGGUGAAUUUAUUUUCGAGAGGCUUUACUUGCUUUUUGUUCUGCUAUUGCUUUGAUAACUGCAGAGUAGCGAGAGCGCAUUCUACCGUAUAUGUUAUAGAGAAGCCAAAUCUUUCCAUGUGAUUCAAAGAUGAGAAACUCAGGUAGGAAAAUUGCAUUGUAAAUGUUCUUCUGUGUGGUUGUGACACUAAUAAAGGUUCAAAAAUGA